AUGAUUCACGAGUGCCUGGUGUUGGAGCUUGGGGCGGUGUCAUCGGCGAUUCUGUUUGGGAUGCAGGUUGCGCUGAGAUCAAGCGGAGCAUACGUCAGACUGGUCGCCCUGCUCUUCUUCCUUGUCCUGAUGGCAAUCCGUGAGUACCUCAGGACUUGCUCCCGCAAGUCUGCAGUGAAGCACCAGGCCGAGCUGGAUCAGUCGAAAUGGCAGAAGCCUUUUGUAACAGCGCAAAGAAGCCAACAAACUUGCGGCAAUUUCGCCUGGCGUACAUUCAAACAAGCGAAGGGGAUGUAA